ACCAAGUAGACGCACUGCUCAGUUAUGAGAUAGGCACGUGUCUCCCAUAAGUUGGGCGGUGAGCGUUGCUGUAAACUGGUAAAAGUUUGCAUGAUUUCAUCUUAACAUGGAAACCAGUCCAAACUUACUUAUAGAUGGAAAUGGAAGGCGAAAGUGUCAGUUCUUCGUUGAGAAGAAACAAAGGUCUUGCAGGAUGUGGGCUCUUAGAGGUGAAAAUUUAUGUGGAGAACACACUGUUCAUGACACAGAAAAUUUGAAGAAAGGGGUCCCUGAAGAUCGACUGAGAAUGAAGUGCCCCUUGGAUGGUACACACACCUGUUUUGUCAAGAAGCUCCAAAGGCACCUGAAAGUAUGCAAUGCCCGGGUGACAGUAGUUCCACCAUAUUUUGUGCAAGACAUAAACUCUGGUGAUGGCACCAUCCCAGGAAAAAGGCAUGACAAUUCACCAGCUGUGCCCUGCUCACCCGCCUCAGAGCGCGUGCGGCAGCCAGUGGCGGCGGACGGCGCGACCCACCCGCUGCUGGCGGAGAGCCUCUCGCGGCCCGAGCUGGGCGCUGACACGCUGAAGCACCUGCGGCAGAACGCGGCGCUGCUGGCCGUGCUGCGGGACGCCGGCCUGCUGCAGGGGCCGCGCACCUUCGUCGAGCUCGGCUCCGGCAAAGCUCAGCUGUCGUUCUGGUUGGCGCGGGCCGUCGACAGCCAGUCCCAGAUCGUGCUGGUGGACCGGGCCUCUCACCGACACAAGGCUGAAAAUAAACUGAAGGAUCUCGCCGACAUGCCUGACAUCCAACGGCUGAAAAUCGACAUACGCCAUCUGAACCUGUCUGGCUGUGACGCCUGCAUCGGCAGGCCCGUGGUGGCCGUCAGCAAGCAUCUGUGUGGGGCUGCUACUGAUCUGGGCAUCCGCGCCGCUACGGCCGCGCCUAUGCCGGACACUUCUCAACCCGCCGUCAGCCAGCCGGAGUCCACCGCGACCUCUGCCGUCCAGUCAGAGUUCACCGCGACCUCUGCCGUCCAGUCAGAGUCCACUACAGCCUCCCGUGUUCAUCCAGCGUCCACCGAAGCGUCAGAUGUUCAGCCAGGGUCCACCGAAGCGUCAGGUGCUCAGCCAGAGUCCACCGAGGCACCCGCCACCCAACGGGAUUGUCCAGGCCCGGCGAGCUGUAGCAGGGCUGUGGUGUCGGACGUCCAAGGCAUUCUGAUCGCCCUUUGCUGCCACCACAGGGUCGAGUGGACCAGCUACUGUCGGCAAACCGUUUCUGCAGGAGUGCGGGUUCUCUGCCGAGGAUUUCACCGCUCUGAAGGGCGUGGCGGCCUGGGCCACCUGCGGCACCCCCAGCUGGGACAGACCCCAGCAGAACGGCGACCAGCCACGAGCGGAGCGCGAACACCCACCUCAGGGCGCGACCGGGUCCCGCCUGACCAGGCCACCGCAGACCAGACCACCGCAGUACAGACCACCGCAGACCAAGCCAUCGCAGACCAGGCCACCGCAAACCAGGUCACUGCAGACCUGGUCACCACGGACCAGGCUACCGCAGACCAGGUCACCACAGACCGUACCACCGCAGACCAGGCCACCGCAGGCCAGACCACUGCAGACCAGGCCACCGCAGGCCAGACCGCCGCAGACCAGGCCACCGCAGGCCAGACCACCGCAGACCGGGCCACCGGAGACCAGACCACCGCAGACCAGACCGUGGCAAGCCAGACCGCGACAGUCCAGGCCUCAGCGGACCUCGCCUCGCCAGAACAGACUCAGAAGCGGCCGGGCAGCGCGGAGGAGGCUGACGCCAAGCGGGCUCGUCUGGAGGCGCCCGGACCGGGUUCUCGCGACGCCAGCGCGGGCCGGUACCACCGGCUGGGCCUGACGCCGGAGCGGCGCACGGCCGUCGGCUUCAUGUGCAAGCGGCUGAUGGACGAGGGGCGCGUACGGUACCUGGCGGCGCGCGGCUUUUCCGCCCGUCUGGUCUGCUACGUGCCGGCCGCCGUUUCGCCCGAGAACGUGCUGCUGCUGGCCACC